GAGAACAACAUAAAACGGAUUGCAUUUGCAUUCAUCGCCUCGGUGUGUGCGCAUCACGUCCUUUUUUUUCCGGUGCUAAAAACUCUAUGAUUUCCCGUACGGGCUACACUUGAAAUACGGUUUCUUCCUAUUUUUUCUUUCUUUUGGCUUCUUUGUCCAGCUGCCGAUACAGCCAUCAUGACAUUCAACGAGUUCCACAAAAAGAAUUCUCAAUUGUUGACCGCGCAUUGUGAUAGUUUCUGCUGAUCAGUAAGAGGACAUCUGGUGCUGGUGCGAAACCUGGCACGCCAUCCAAGACGGUGCGCAUUGGACUUGGUGCAUCGUGUAAAGUAUCCAGCACAAUAAUUCACGCCGCAGUGGGACACACGCUUGUCUGCAUCUACUGCAUCGCCCUCAGCGUUGGCUCUGUUGCGUAGCUUUCUUGGUUUGACUCUUUUUUCUUCGGCGCUUGUGAUCGUUCACUGGAUCAAAUGGGAGCUCGAAACACUAAGGCUGCAUCGUCGUCUUCGACUACAACAUACUCGCUAUGCGAGUUGUGUGGAGCAGAGGCGAAGCGUGGCGCGGUGGCCGGCAGGGGCGGAGGAAUGCCCACUGAAGAAUGCAGCCGCUGCCACUGUCACUGCUGCCUCAACUGUUUUACCAGGCGCCGCUAUGGUUCACAGUUUGCCACGCACGAGAGUCAUGAAGGCGUCGCUGCGUUUGUGCCGGUGUGCGCGCACUGCCUCUCCAAACCAAAUCUGAUUCUGAACGUGCCGCAGUCCGUUUGGCGGGUUAUCGACGAGUUCUGUGACGCCACGUCGAAACACCGCUUACUGCAGCUUUGCCAUGCAACUCAGAUGGGUGUCGUGCUUGCUUAUCCGUACACUCGAUACGGAUGGAGCAUGUUUUUCGAAGGUAAGUCUUUUAUUUCAAAAGGUGCAAACGGCGAAGUUUACAAAGCAACUCUGCGAAGGGACAUUGUGCAAAAGGCCUCCCAAUUGAUUGCCGACGGGUUGGAUGUGCGAACGCUUGCGACGCUAGGCGGGACUACCGUCGCAGUGAAGACUAUCCGGAAGGCGACCGUCUUCUCAUUACGCAAAUGGGAGCACAUUCAACGCGAGGUGGACACCUUACGAAAGUGUCGCCAUCGCCACGUUGUCCAGUUGCACUUUGUAGCACAGGGCCCUAGCGAAGUCUACAUUGUGCUGCAAUACGUUGCCGGCGGGGAUCUCUUCGACUGGCUAGUUCGCCAGCAAAUUCCGAUGGAAUACGACGUUGUGGUGAUAGCACGACAGCUUCUCGAAACGCUCUACUUCAUGCACGAGGUGUGCAGUGUCGUGCACCGCGAUAUUAAACCGGAAAACAUUCUUUUGCAACCUGUCUCAGCCCACCGACCGCAUCAGCAGGACUCUGGAAAGCUUUCUAUAGAAAACGGCGCACUAGACGGUACGUUUAGCUCCCCUGACGAGUUGUACAUCCGAUUGGCAGAUUUUGGGUGUGCGAAGGUGCUCCCGCGCAACGACUACGCUGCCGCCCCAACGUCCCCUGCCCGGUCCGGAAAGUUGCAUCUGCCGCCAUUGCGCCCCACUUCCCAUGACGCUGCGGAGGACCAACCCUCUGCAGAACCGCGACUGAACAACCGCAAAACGUUUCUUAUUUCCUCUACCCCGUGCGGGACGCUCGGCUUUGCAGCGCCGGAGAUUCUCUCGGCGUACGACGCGCAGCGUCUCCGCUCCAAUCGGGACUCGAUGGAUGCGAUGAACACCUCAUCGCGGCCGCAAACCCCCGUCGAUCUCGUCAAGCGCAUGGACAUUUUCGCCGCCGGCGUCACUAUUUGCAUCCUGCUUACCGGCUGUGAGCCGUUCCCGUGUUUGUCUUCCAAAGAGCACAUGGAUGCAGUGCAGAGCGGGCCGGACUUUAGCGGACCGCAGUGGAAUUACGUUUCGCAGUCGGCGAAAAUUCUUCUGCGGCGUAUGCUUGCCCCGAAAGCGGCAGACCGCCCGUCAGCGCUGGAGUGCUUGAACUCAUCAUGGCUCAAGCACCACGACGCGUACGCCGAAAUUGCACCGGAAAUCGGCGACUUUGACGACAUUGUUCACGAGAAAGGGCUUCACCACAGCGCCUCGGUGUGGCAGCUUCUCUCUACUUCUUUCCAAAACUCCGUGCAGUCUCUGCGCAAGAACGACGGCUGGCUUUUCGUCCAAGACGCACAAGGACUCGUUGCAACUAUACCUCGCCAAUUUGAAAGCGAAAAUGAGAACGGCGGCGUUUUUCCUGAAAUGUUGAGCUCUACCAACGUACAGAAGUACUCCGCCGCUAUCUACUAA